GUCUCUACAGGAAGCAGGGGGCGUCCUUGCUGCAGCAGCUCAAGGGGCGCGCCGACGUGUUGCUACUCGCCGACCUGAACGCCCACUGCAGGCCCUGGCUGGACGACGCGGGCCGCCUGGUUGAGCCGCAGGCCCACCCGCUGCUCGCGUCCGCCCUGUGGAGCGCCUACGAGGCAGUGCUUGGCGAAGAGCCGGACUUCACCACUGGGGUGGCUGGGCGGACCGCGACGUGCGGGGCGUGUUCGACUACAUAUUCACCCGUGGCGCCCUGCUCGCCCCAGUGCGCGCGCUCCGGCCGCCAGCCAGCGACGACGUGCUCGCGGUCCCGGAGAGGAUGUCAGGGGCACGCACCGCCGGCCCAUGGUGGUAGACUUUCUCAUCAAUGCCACGUCGUCUGA